UUGAGAUCAUGAUGUGUUUGUGUUUUUAUUGGCUGCUGAAUGUGGCUGUGACUGAACAUGAACUCCUCUCAGGUUUCCUCCUUCACUCUCUCUGGCUACACUGACACCGGACUCUUCAGAUUCCCGCUGUUCCUGGUCGUCCUGCUGCUGUACGUCCUGAUCGUGGCGGCGAACGUGGCUGUGAUGCUGGUGAUCUGUGUGAACAGGAGCUUACAUGAGCCCAUGUACAUGUUCCUGUGCAGCCUGUUUGUGAAUGAGCUGUAUGGCAGCACAGGCUUGUUCCCGUCGCUCCUGGUCCAGAUCCUGUCAGACCUCCACACGGUUCCUGCUCCGCUCUGUUUCCUGCAGGUUUACUGCCUCUAUUCUUACGGCGGCAUUGAGUUUCUGUCCUUAGCCAUCAUGUCGUACGACCGCUACCUGGCCAUCUGCUUCCCUCUGCGCUACCACGCGCUCAUGACGCUGAAGCGGGUCGGUUUCCUGACGGCGCUGAUCUGGCUCUACCCGCUCUUCAUCAACAUGGUCUUUGUCAGCUGGACGGUUCGUCUGCAGCUCUGUGGCAACGUCAUCAACAAGGUUUACUGCGACAACUUCUACAUCGUGAGGCUGUCGUGCUCCGACACCACCGCCUACAGUGUGUUUGGGCUGGUGCACAUCUUCACCGUCAUCUUCGGCCUCUUCCUCCUCAUCCUCUACACCUACAUGCGGAUCCUGUGGGUCUGCUGCACCGGGUCCAAACUGACCCGGAGGAAGGCCGUCAGCACCUGCACGCCGCACCUGGUGUCACUGCUCAACUUCUUCUCUGGGAGUUUCUUUGAGAUCAUCCAGAGCAGGUUCAACAUGAGCCGUUUGCCCAACGCCAUGCGAAUCUUCUUCUCCCUGUACUGGCUGACCAGCCAACCUCUGGCCAGUCCUCUGCUCUACGGCCUCAACGUCACCAAGAUACGGGACGUCCUGCUGACCAUCGCACACCUCAGGGCCGCGGCCAAAUGAUUCAGGUCUCAGCGCUGCUCACAGAUGCUUUUAUUCCAGAGAAACGUUCUUUAACACGUCAGAGAGGAACUAACUCGAGUUCUUAAAAUCAUCCAGAGCUCAGUCAUUUACUUAUAUAUUCAUCUCAUGAACUUCAUCACGUUAUUUAGUUUUUAUCUUUAUUCUUGUGUAGCGGUCAGUCUGGGAGAAACCAAACAAUUAAAGGACAAUAAUCAAAUAUUCAGACGAUUGAUGAGAUUCAUGUUCAUUAAACUUUAUUUGCUUCAUUACCUGAAUGGUUAAAAACAAAUGGCCGAGUUUUUACUUUAAUUCGUUUAGAGAUUCACAGAAAUCUGAUGUACGGUCAGAAGAAGAAAAUGAAAUCUGUAUAAUA